GGCAUGGGGUUUUAAUUGAUUGGGCGACCAGCGACACAAAAAGAGCCAAUUCCAACGCUCUUCGAGGUGGGAGCUAUUAUCUCAUUUUUUUUUUGAGCACGGAAAGGGAAAACAAAUAAGUUUGUUCGCAGCGCUCGCUUCGCAUUCAGUUGCCUUUUUUGCUCGUUACGAGCCGGUUGUCCGUCGAUUUGAAGUGCUCGCCGCUGACCUCCAUCCAAAAACCGAUCCGAUCCCAACCGCUACGGCUCGUUUCGAUUCUAUUCACUCCGAUCAGAGCCGAAUCGUUUGAAUCGCAGCGAGUUUUUCUCUACGUAGAGUUACCACAUUGCCCGAUAUAGUCUAUAUAGCCCAGUUGCACGUGGAGGAGGUUGCCGAGCAGACGAGUGACCAUGGCGACGGAUACAAGCUCGCCGAUGGACAGAUUCUGCGGAUCCACAUUCUGGAACGCGACGGAGACAUGGUGGACCAAAGAUCCGGACUUCACGCCGUGCUUUGAGCAGACGGCCCUGGUCUGGACACCGUGCGCCUUCUACUGGGUGUUCGUGAUCUUUGACUUCUACUACCUGAAGGCCAGUCUGGACAGGAAUAUACCGUGGAACAAGCUGAACGUGAGCAAAGCGCUGGUGAAUCUGGGUCUGCUGGUGAUCACUGCCCUGGACCUGAUUAUGGCCCUGAUCAAGAAGGGCGGCGACUCCGAGCUGCCCCUCUACGACCUGGAUAUCUGGGGUCCCAUCAUCAAGUUCGCCACCUUCCUGUUGCUCUUCAUAUUCAUCCCGUUGAACCGGAAGUACGGCGUGCAGACCACGGGGUGUCAGUUCAUCUUCUGGUUCCUGCUUACCGUGCUGUCGAUUCCCCGCUGCCGCACCGAAGUUCGCCUGGACUCGGAGCGACAGAAGAUUCUGGAUUCGCAGCAGCCCUCGGACCAGGACUUUUCGUGGGAGGAGUACCAGUUCGUUAGCUUCUUUAUCUUCUUCACCUUCACCAGCAUCAUGCUGAUCCUGAACUGCUUUGCGGACGGAUUGCCCAGGCAGACCAAGUACCAGAGGGGUGAGAACGAGAUUCCCGAGCUGUCAGCCAGUUUCCUUUCCAGGAUCACCUAUAUGUGGUUCGACAAAAUGGCCCUCAAGGGCUAUCGCAACCCACUGGAGGAGAAGGAUCUUUGGGACCUGAGGCCCCAGGACAGCUGCUCCGAGGUCAUGCCCAUCUUCGCCCACCACUGGAACCAGAACGUGCGCAAGAACUACAGGAACAAGGCCCGCGUAGAACCCAAGGCCCAGUUUAGCAAUGGCAAUGUGACUUUUGAAAAUCCUCAUGGAGAGAAGAAUGGUCGGAAAAAAGGCAUGGCCAGUAUUAUGCCGCCAAUUUACAAGUCCUUUGGAGGCGUCUUUUUGUUCGGCGCCCUGAUGAAGUUGUUCACCGACGUCCUCACAUUUGCCCAGCCCCAAGUCCUGAGUUUGAUCAUCAGCUUCGUUGAGGCCCAAGAAGCCGAGCCCGAAUGGAAGGGUAUCUUAUACGCUGUCCUACUUUUCGUUUUGGCCGCUGCCCAGACCUUUAUUCUGGGUCAGUACUUCCACCGCAUGUUCAUUGUGGGCCUGCGAAUCAGGACAGCUUUAAUCAACGCCAUCUACCGCAAGGCCCUGCGCAUUUCGAACUCCACCAAAAAGGAGUCCACCGUGGGCGAGAUCGUCAACCUGAUGGCCGUGGAUGCCCAGCGAUUCAUGGAACUGACCACCUACCUGAACAUGAUCUGGUCCGCGCCCCUGCAGAUCGCCCUGGCCCUGUAUUUCCUCUGGCAGCAACUGGGACCCUCUGUGCUGGCCGGUUUGGCUGUGAUGAUUAUCCUGAUUCCUGUGAACGGUGUGAUUGCCAGUCGCAUCAAGACCUAUCAGAUCAGACAGAUGAAGUACAAAGAUGAGCGUGUCAAGUUGAUGAACGAAGUACUGAGUGGCAUUAAGGUGCUGAAGCUGUACGCCUGGGAACCGAGUUUCGAGAAGCAAGUGUUGGAUAUCCGUGACAAGGAGAUUGCGACGCUGCGAUCCACUGCCUAUUUGAACGCGGGAACUUCGUUUUUGUGGUCCUGUGCCCCCUUCCUGGUUUCAUUAGUUACAUUCGCCACUUACGUUUUAAUCGAUGAAAAUAACGUGCUUGAUGCCACCAAAACCUUUGUCUCAUUAUCAUUAUUCAACAUUCUACGAUUUCCGCUAACAAUGUUGCCCAUGCUGAUCACCAACCUGGUGCAAACGCAAGUUUCCGUGAAUCGUAUCAAUAAGUUUCUGAACAGUGAGGAACUGGAUCCCAACAGCGUUCUCCACGACUCCUCCAAACCCCACCCUAUGAGCAUUGAGAAUGGCGAGUUCUCUUGGGGCGAUGAGAUCACGCUGCGCAAUAUUAAUAUCGAGGUGAAGAAGAACAGCCUGGUGGCCCUGGUUGGCACGGUCGGUUCCGGCAAGUCGUCUGUAGUGCAGGCUUUCCUCGGUGAAAUGGAGAAACUUGCGGGCGUUGUCAACACUGUGGGCAAGUUGGCCUAUGUACCGCAGCAGGCUUGGAUUCAGAAUGCGACGGUGAGGGACAACAUCCUGUUUGGUCAGACGUACGACCGAAAGCGCUACAACAAGGUUAUCGACGCCUGUGCCCUGCGUGCCGAUAUCGACAUCCUGUCGGCUGGAGAUCUCACGGAAAUCGGUGAGAAAGGCAUUAAUUUAUCAGGUGGCCAGAAGCAGCGCAUCUCGUUGGCCCGUGCUGUGUACAGCGAUGCCGAUCUGUAUCUGCUGGAUGAUCCUCUGAGCGCCGUGGACUCACAUGUGGGCAAGCACAUCUUUGAGGAGGUUAUCGGACCCAAGGGUAUACUGGCACGGAAAUCCCGCGUGCUGGUCACCCACGGCGUCACUUUUCUGCCCCAGGUGGACAGCAUCUAUGUGAUGAAAAUGGGCGAAAUUAGCGAAAGCGGUACAUUCGACCAACUGGUCAAAAACAAGGGCGCCUUCGCCGACUUCAUUAUCCAGCAUCUGCAGGAUGGCAACGAAGAGGAGGAGGAGCUUAACCAGAUCAAGCGUCAGAUCUCCAGCACCGGAGAUGUCCCUGAGCUGUUAGGCACUGUCGAAAAGGCCAUUAAGUUGGCGCGCACGGAAAGCUUGUCCGAUUCCAUUUCGGUUACAUCUGCUGAUAGUUUGAUGGGCGGAGGAGGAAGUCUCCGCCGGCGAACAAAGCGACAAGACUCCCACGAUUCCGUUGCCUCUGCCGCUUCCCUGAAAAAGAAGCAGGAGGUACAGGGCAAACUGAUUGAAACUGAGAAAUCGCAGACUGGUGGCGUGGAGUUCGCAGUGUACAAGCACUACAUCAAGAGUGUUGGCAUCUUCCUAUCGGUUGCCACAUUGGUACUCAACUUUGUAUUCCAAGCUUUCCAAAUCGGCUCGAAUCUGUGGCUGACUCAAUGGGCGAACGAUCAAAAUGUCGCCAACGACACUGGCCUCAGGGACAUGUAUCUGGGUGUUUAUGGUGCCUUCGGAUUUGGCCAAGGUGUGCUAGCCUACUUUGCGGUGGUCAUCGUCUACCUGGGCGGCUUCCAGGCGGCAAAGACCAUCCACAAUGAGCUGCUGGCCGUCAUAAUCCGAGGCUCCGUGUGCCGCUUCUUCGACAUCACUCCGAUCGGGCGACUCUUGAACAGCUUCAGCGGCGAUAUGGAUGUUGUCGACGAAGAGUUGCCCGCCACCAUGGAUUCCUUUAUGACCUUUAUCUUUAUGGUUCUGGCUACCAUUGUGGUUAUUAGUCUGUCCACGCCGAUUUUCCUGGCCGUGAUCGUGCCCAUCGCCUUCCUGUACUACUUCGCCCAGCGCUUCUACGUGGCUACUUCGCGGCAGCUGAUGCGUCUGGAAUCCGUCUCCCGGUCACCAAUCUACUCGCACUUCAGCGAAACUGUCACCGGAGCAUCGACUAUUCGUGCCUACAAUGUGGGUGAUCGUUUUAUUGAGGAAUCCGAUGCCAAGGUGGACAAGAACCAGGUUUGCAAAUACCCGUCCGUGAUUGCCAACCGAUGGCUGGCCAUUCGUUUGGAGAUGGUGGGCAAUCUGAUUAUUCUGUUCGCAUCGCUCUUCGCCGUCCUGGGAGGACAAACCAAUCCCGGCCUGGUGGGCCUGUCGGUAAGCUACGCCCUGCAGGUGACCCAAACCCUCAACUGGUUGGUGCGCAUGUCAUCCGACAUUGAGACGAAUAUCGUGUCCGUGGAGCGCAUCAAGGAGUACGGCGAGACCAAGCAGGAGGCUCCCUGGGAGCUGGAGCAGGACAAGAACAAGCCGAAGAACUGGCCGCAGGAGGGACGCGUUGAGUUCCAGAACUUCCAGGUGCGCUAUCGCGAAGGCUUGGACCUGGUGCUGCGCGGUGUUAGUUUCAAUAUCAAGGGUGGCGAGAAGGUUGGCAUCGUUGGUCGCACGGGUGCCGGUAAAUCCAGUCUCACAUUGGCCUUGUUCAGAAUAAUUGAAGCUGCCGGUGGUCGCAUCUCCAUCGAUGGUGUGGACAUUGCCUCAAUGGGUCUGCACAUGUUGCGUUCCCGCCUGACAAUUAUCCCCCAGGAUCCAGUGCUCUUCUCUGGUUCGCUGCGCAUCAACUUGGAUCCCUUUGAAAUCAAAACCGAUGACGAAAUAUGGAAGGCCUUGGAGCUGUCCCAUCUGAAGUCCUUUGUGAAAAGUUUGGCAGCUGGUCUGAACCACGAGAUUGCCGAGGGUGGUGAGAAUCUGUCCGUGGGACAGCGCCAGUUGGUUUGUUUGGCGCGUGCUCUGCUGCGUAAGACCAAGGUCCUGGUGCUGGACGAAGCCACCGCCGCUGUGGAUCUGGAAACAGAUGAUUUGAUUCAGAAAACCAUCCGAACGGAGUUCAAGGAAUGCACUGUUCUCACAAUUGCUCAUCGCUUGAACACAAUUUUGGAUUCGGACAAGGUAAUCGUGCUGGACAAGGGCCAGAUCACCGAGUUUGCCUCGCCCACGGAGCUCCUGGACAAUCCCAAAUCGGCCUUCUAUAGCAUGGCCAAGGACGCCAACCUAGUUUAAGAUCCAUGAAUGUCAAAUUGAAACUCCACGAAACUCAAACGAAGGAGUGUUUCCGCCAACAAAAACCACUAGGAAAAUCAUUCAACAGUAGCUUUAAGCCAUUGGCACUGACAGCUCUACCUCAUGGCUAGAACAAAUAACUAUGAGAAAAACAAAGCUUACACAACAAAGGAACAAUAAGCGGAAGAAAUUAGCAAAUACCAACUAAAUGUUCAUUAGACUAAGCGAAAUAAUUCAAGCCAGUUGCGCCUUCGUCGGUUACGCUAUGUUCGUUUUUAAUAUGUAUAUGUAUUUACAUAGUCAAGUGUAUUUUUCUAUUGUCUAUUGUACUUAGUUUUCUAUGCAACAUGAACCGGUAUAAGCGAGAUGGAGCAUAAGCCCAGAAAGAAAAAAUAACUCUUAUGUAUGCCACAUAAUUAUUGUAUGUACUUAAAUUAACAAAACAGAAGAUUGAGAUACUACUUAAACUCUCUCAAGAAUUUUUGCCUUCAACUGAUAAAAUCAGUGAGAAAAAUGGUCAAUGUAGUUAAAUCAAUUUAUUAAAACUUUUGUAGAAUGUAUACUUAAAUCAAAAAUAAACGCCCAACAAAAUGCGAAUUAAAUUUA